GAACACACUGCAAACCGUCCAUGCCAGUGUGGUCAUGUAGGUUCACCAGUGCAGUAUAAGAUGGACCACACUGAAUGUGUUCAGUAUGAGGAUCAAAACAGCUAUGAGCUUAACAAACUGAAUGUACUGCCUAAACGUUAUUACAGUUAUAUAUGUUUUUUUUAACCACAGUGUAGAGUCAUGUGUUACAGGGUGUCAUAUUACACUUCUGAAUAAAUAUUGCCGUGAUGCAUGCGGACUGGGACUGUCAAGCCAAGAUCUGGGACGAUACCCGUGAAUCGCAGCCAUCCGCUUCUUUAAUUAAUCCGGACAGUUGAUUCAAAUGUUUAUGGCCUCUGAGAGAUUUAAGAAGCCUUUAAAGAGUAGUCCUGUUUACCAUUUUUGAGAAGCAUAGUCUGUGAUGAAAUUCGAGCCUUAGGGGAUGGGUCUAAGUGUCAGAGAAAGGCGAUCGACGGAGAGGUGAACGUGAUCCGAAUACUUUCCACCGUCAGAAUACAUUCACUUGCGAAGACUUGCGGCACACGGUGGCCAGGCAAUGGCGGGAUAGGCUGCGGAAGAGAGAACGGCCUGUAAGAGUACAGCAAAACGCAGCUGCAGGGUGGAGGACCACAGCAAAUAGCAAGACGUACAUAUACAUGUGCAGAAAUGUCAGAGAAGGUCCUCAGUCCGGAAGUGACCAAUCAGAAGCCUUCAGCCAAGAAGAACAUCAAGAAACUGCGGGUGCUGAGCACAGUAUGCAGCCUGGCAAAAAGCUGGCAGCAGUGGGUGACGGACAAUGAGCAGAAGCAAGCCAACGAGCCUUCGGGCUGGAGUCCCUCCUCAGGCAAGCAGGAUGAGGAGAAGCCGAACUCGAAGAGAGUCCUCUCCAAAAAGCAGACCCGUCCAACCUCGGCUCCCCCCAGUGCAGCAGAGUAUACCUUGGUGUCCCUACAGCCCCUGGAGGAGGUCAACAGCAACAUCCCAGGAGCCUCCAAGAUCAAGACCAAGCAGGUGGCAAAGUCGGUGAUGAGUAGCGUGCAGGAGAAAGGCGUGGGAAUCGGGUUGCUCACCGAGCGCUACGGCAAAGAGGCCACGGAGGACGUCGACAGGAUGUUAAAGGCCAGGGGCUCGCCGACGCGCCGACGCAAAUGUGCUAACGUGGUGUCGGAGCUCACCAAAGGAUGGAAGCAGGUGGAGAAGGGGCGACGGCAGAAGGAGGCCGACAGCCUAGAGGGUGACUGGGCCUGCAACAUGGACACGAAGGACAGUAGCUUCUCAGAGGUGGACAAGAGGAGUCUGGAGAGUGACAUCACGCCUGGCAAACCCAUACAGACAGGCAACACCCAAGACUACUCAAUAAGCAAAGACAAAAGGGAUGCAAUAGACACGCCUGAAUCGUGGGUUAGGAUAAAAAGACCUUCCUCCACAGUGGUAAACAGGGACGUGGACGAGACUAAAAGGCUGAGUUCGGUGUCAAAGAAGUACAGUCCCGUCGGGAACCUGGCGAACAAGUGGCAGAACUGGGCCUCACAGCACGAGAUCAACCAAAAGCUGAACCCGUUCAGCGACGAGUUUGACUACCAGCUGUCUAUGUCCACGCGCCUCCACAAGGGCCAGGAGGGCUACGGGAGGCCCAAGGAAGGCAGCAUGACGGCGGAGAGGGCCAAGCGAGCCGAGGCCCACAUCCACCGCGAGAUCGACGACAUGUGCUUCAUCAUCCGCACCAUGACCGAGCCGGGUGCCGACGGCCGGAUACGAGUCACGUUCGGCGAGCUGUUUGACAGAUACGUACGCAUCUCAGACAAGGUGGUGGGCAUCCUGAUGAGAGCCAGGAAGCACAGCAAGGUGGCCUUCGAGGGCGAGAUGCUGUGGCAAGGCCAGGACGACCACGUCGUUAUCACACUCCUUGUUUGACGGCAAAAACUGCGACCAAAACAGCUGUACGAAGCAAGAAAGCAGCUGUCUCUUCAUGCAGCACAUAUUUCAUUAAGACUGAUGUUACGGCAGGUGACAUAGAGCUAACAGAACACACCUAAGAAACUUCUGUGCGAUAAAUAUGACUGUAUUUUUUCCAGAUUUAAAGUUAAACUACAUAGACAGGUAGAAACGUCAGAUGUAGUUACUCUGGAUAAAGGAUGCACUAGCGAGGCUCAAUAAAUAGUUAUACCUUUUAUCUCAGCGUUUUGGGAAACAAACAGUUCAAAGUUGUGUUUAAAGUUGCUUUUUUUCUCAUUAUGUUUUGAAUUUAUAUUCUUGGUUUUAUAACAUCAUAAACUUUUCAUAGUGAAAAAUGGGACACUGGAGUUUGUAAAGCAUAUUGUUUUGGUAUAAUAAAACAUUAGGUACUGAGACGGGUGAUGGUGUGAAUUGGCAAUGUAGCUGGCAGGCAAGAUCUUAGUCAUAGGGAAAAUGACAGAUUGAAAUACUUACAGCUCUGCUGUUUGAUCUGAACCUAGGGCUGCUGUCAUUUGAAUCCAGUUUUUUUUAAAAAAAUCUGUCAGGCUUGUCACAUAAACCACGUGCAAAAGAAAUUAAUCGCACAUUGCAUUUUCACUUCCGGGAAUUAGCUGUAAAAAAUGUGAAAAUCUGUUAAAGAAAAGUUAUAACGAGUACAACAUGUAGUGAAAUGAACCCUGACCGAUCCAGACUGUGCAAAAAAGAGUAAACAAGAAUUUAAAAUUACAAUUUACAAUAGCAUAUUAUAAGCAUAAUUAUAAGAUUUGGUUUGCGAUAUAGGUCUUUUGAUUUUAUCAUUAAAUUAUGUUACCAUUACCGUUAAUCACUGGAGACUGGAAUUAGUACUUCUGAAAAGAACGUACGUAGCUCAAUUUCUACUUUUUAACAUUCUCCCAGCAGAUGGCGCUCUAUUACCAUCAGCCAAUUCUACGCAAGCUGAACCUUGUAAAUAGACACCUCGGACACCCCAGCAAAGCUGCCAUCUCCGCUAGUGGGUAGUCUGCCAUCUCCGCUAGUGGGUAGUCUGGGAGACGGUGUACAGACUGUCCUUUGUGGCUGGCUGGCCUUCCUUUAAGCUCCAUAACAUAUCCAGUGCGACAGAGUCUCUUUUAAUAAAAUCCACUGAAAUAUC